AUGUCAACCAAGAGACCCAAGCGGCAUUCGUCCGAUCAGAUUGUGCGAGAGCUUCGUGACGCGGAUGCGAUGCUCAACGCAGGCAAUGACUUGGCAGGGGUCCUUCAGACGCUGGAGGUCAGCCAGUCGAACUACGAGCGGUGGCGGAACCACUUUGGCGGCAUGAAAUCGGAAGAGGCGAAACGGUUGAAGCAGAUCGAGGACAAGAACCGGCGGCUCAAGCAGUUGUUCGCCGAUCAGGUCCUCGAUAUUCAGAUGCUGAAGUUCAUCGACGAGGGAG